CGACCUCAACCCAUAAAAAGAAACCCCACAUUCAAAGAAGAAGAAACCACAACAGCAAUGGCGUCUACGGUUCGCCGGUGUUCUGGACUGGUGGCAAGAACAGGACUGAAAGAUUUUCUACAGAGGUUGUGUUGCUCAUGGGGUUCUGGUCCCCCUCCUGCACACGAAUGUCAGCAGCGCCGCCAGUUUUUCUGGCGAAAAUGGAAAAGUUCUUCAAGUGUUGUCCGACCAGCUGCUGUUCGGCCGUCCUAUCCAGUUCCAGAGCACAUAGUGCGGCCUGACUACGUUACCUCUGGACUGGUCCCAGAAUGGCCAGAUUACAUUGAAAUAAAAAACCAAGAGCAGAUUGAAGGCCUCACCAGAGCAUGUCAGCUAGCAAGACAUGUGCUGCUGCUAGCUGGAAGUAGCGUGAGUGUUGGCAUGACAACAGAUGAAAUAGACUUCAUCGUGCACCAGGAGACCAUCAAGCACAAUGCUUACCCAUCCCCCCUCAGAUACGGAGGUUUUCCCAAGUCGGUCUGUACAUCUGUGAAUAAUGUGGUCUGUCACGGCAUACCUGACAGUCGGAAACUUGAAGAUGGCGAUAUCAUCAACAUAGACGUUACUGUGUAUCUGGAUGGUUACCAUGGUGACACCUCAGAAACCUUCCUGAUUGGUCAGGUGGAUGAAGUUGGUCAGCGGCUGGUGGAGACGGCAAGACGCUGCAGGGAUGAGGCCAUAGCUGUAUGCAGGCCGGGGGCACAGCUCUGCGUUAUAGGAAAUACUAUCAGUGAAAUAGUCCGAGCUAAUGGCUUUCAAGUGUGUCCGUAUUUCAUUGGACAUGGGAUAGGCUCCUCCUUUCAUUGCCACCCUGAGAUUUGGCACCAUGCUAACGACAAUGACAUCAUCAUGGAGGAAGGAAUGGCUUUCACAAUCGAGCCCAUAGUGAUGGAAGGAUCGGCUGAGUUUAGGAUCUUAAAAGAUAAAUGGACGGCAGUAUCUGCGGAUGAUAAAAGGUCAGCCCAGUUUGAGCACACAGUGAUCAUCGCAUCCGAUGGAGUAGAGAUUCUCACCAAACUACCAGGAGAAAGUAAUCUCUGACAAUCUGACCGUUGGUUUCAGCAGCACAACAUCAAAGACAGUUACACUUUAGUAAGAUGGGUAGUGACGUUUUGAAUUGGUAUUCAGAUUUUACAACUACUGUAAAAGUCUGUUUAUUUUACCUGGAGUUGAAAUAUCUGCAUUAAUUUGAGCUUAAGAAUUCUGAAAUACGCUGAGGACAUUUCUGCUGCCAGCACAAAGAAGAUCUAAAGUUCUUUAAAACAAAACGUAUCAAAUACUGUUAAAUAAAAACAAUCUUGUUAUUUUUCUUAAACCUAAAUCACUAUUUGCAUGAUAUUUUUGUGUCUUUUAAUAAAAAAGGGGCUUUAUUGGUGAUGUGAGAGGUGGCGUUUAACUAUAGAUUAGAUAAAUCCCUUCCAACAAAAAGGUCAAGCAUUCUUGUCACACAAAUGUUUUGUUAAAACGAUCAUUUAAUGGGUUAAACUGUUAAUUUACCUCAUCAUCUGUAUUUUUAAUCUGUAUUCUAUGUUUAACCACUAGAUGGCAGCAGAUUUAGUCAUCUAAACCAUACUGGUUCUGCCACCUGUAACCCUUGUGCUAUCCUAGGCACUUUAACAUUGGGAGUUGGGUCAUCUAGACCCACUAGACAGUAAGCUGAACCUUUUUCUUCAGUGAUUUGUGAUCUUCACUGGUGUCCAUGGUUUACAUGAAAUCUUUCCACCUUUGUCAUGGUAGGGAGAUCAUGUCAAUGUAAGGGUGGGGUCAUCCAAGAUGGCACAAGGGUUAAAAUGAGUUUGCUGCUAUGAUUUACGAUAGAAAAGCCAACAAAUAUCUGCCUAUGAUGGAGUAUUUAAGAUGCUUUUGCCCCUUUUGCGAUGUCUUACAGGGUGGGGUACAACAAAAGCUGCCCCACAAACCUACCUUAAAAAACUAUUGGUUUGACUGGAGGCAUGGCACUGUUGUUCCCAAAUGUUUUCUUUUGUAUUGACAGCAAUCAAAAGCUUUACGGUUGUUCCUGUUUUGUACACAGUUUUGUUAAAUACAGUUUGGAUGUUGGUAAAAGUUCUGUGUAGAAUGGAGACAGAAAUAAAGCUGUUGUUGAAGAGCUGCUGUCGGGUGAUUUAAGGUUGAGGGGUGUGUUAGAUUCCAGCUCCUGAUGUGUUCUUACAGGAAGGUUUGUGUGUCCAUGCCAACACGUUUGUGGGUGUAACACAACCGUGGGCGAAAAGGUCGACGUGUUCAUCCAGAGGCUGACCAGGUGAAAGACAGGAAAUGAUUCAUAAUGGUUUUAUUAAACCCUGAACGUAACAAAAGA